CAUAUUGCCAUUCCUUAUUAUCUUGUUGCAACUUGGAUGAAAAUAAUUGCAGGCUGAAAUAAUAGUUACUGAGAACAAAACGGAGUAGUUUUAGCACAGCUGCUUGGCAGAACUGUAAGGCCAAUGUCUCAGUGUUCUUUGACAGCACGAAUCAACACUCGUUUCCAAAACACAAACCCUACCUCCCUCUAUAGGCGUGAUGAGGAAAACCAGACAAAGUCGAUCUGCAGUUUAGCACAUUUAGCCUGCAUCAUGAGUGUAAUCUCGUAAAUGAAUGAACAUUAUGCAGAUCCAUAAAGCACUUAUUUCACGGGCUUUGAGCGCCAACAUUUCAGAUUAAUACUCUUAUUUAAUUCUGCAAGGGUCUUGCUUUUUCUAUUGUCAUUUUUAUCUGACUCAUGGUUUUGACAAGAAGUAUCUGGUGCGUGGGGUGCAUUCUCAGUGAGAAAUCCCAUCAGAGCAUAGGUGCAGCUACUGGCCCAGUCACAUUUCUUUGCAUUCAGAUCACGGUGAGAUCCAGAAAAACACCCAGAUGACGGCUCACGAAUGUAAUGUCAUUUUUGGGAAUGUCUUUUGACUGAAUCAUUAUCACAUCCCUUCCUUUCUAAACCAAACUAUUUAAUAUUUUGGGCAUAAGUAUCUAAAGUGAGGGUGCCAGGAGGAUGGAGCCAGGCUGUGCUCAGUGGUGCCAACCAAUAGGACGGGGGAUAAGGGGCAAAAAUUGAUGCACAGAAGUUCCACCUGAACAUGAAGAAAAGCUUCAUUGCUGUGUAGGUGACUGAGCACUGGAGCAGAUAGUCCAGAGAGGCUGUGGAGUCCCCGUGACUGGAAAUAUUCAAGAUCCCUCUGGACGCAGUCCCGUGCAAUGCGCUCUGGGAUGGCCCUGCUUGAGCAGCGCAGUUCCACCAAGUGACGCACUGUAGUCCCUUUUAACCUGACCCACUCUGGGAUUCUGUGACAUGUAUUGCCAGCUGCCUCUCCAGGCAAAGGGCUGCGCUGGCCCAGGACCCGCUGGGCCGUGCUCCCGGGCUCCGUCCCUGCGGGCCCGUCCCCGCCCCCGGCCUUGCCCUGACUUAAGAUGGCGGCGGCCGCGCCCGGUCACGUGCAGGCGGGCGGGGCGGCCGCGCUCCCCUCUCCGGUGGCGGCGCGCGCGGCAGGAUGGAGCCGGCGGCGCUGGAGCGGUUCCUCAGCCCGGGCAAGGGCAGCGGCCUCCGCUCCCGCCGCAGCGUGCGGCCCGGAGAGCUGCUCUACCGCGACGUGCCCUUCGCCUACGUGCUCACCAAGCAGCAGCUGGGCAGCGUAUGCGAGCGCUGCCUGCGCAGGAAUGAAAAUCUGCACAGGUGCUCUCAGUGCAAGGUUGCUAAAUACUGUGGUAGAUCUUGUCAGAAAGAAGCUUGGCUGGACCACAAGCAGGAAUGCAAGUGUCUUAAGAACAUUGAGCCCAAUUUUCCUCCAGACUCUGUCAGACUUGCUGGAAGGAUUGUUUUUAAACUACUCAGACAAUCAGUAUGCCCUUCUGAGAAACUGUACUCUUUUUCCGAUCUUCAGUCAAACACUGAACGACUAAGUGAAGAAAUGAAAGAUGGCCUCAGGCACCUUGCACAGACUUUGCAACUGUAUUUGAAAACUGAGAUCCAGGAUGAGUCUCAAUUGCCACCUGCAAUUGACUUUUUUCAGAUCUUCACAAAAGUGACUUGUAACUGUUUCACCAUCAGUAAUGGAGAGAUGCAGGAUGUUGGUGUUGGCCUGUAUCCCAGCAUGUCUUUGCUGAACCACAGCUGUGACCCAAACUGCGUGAUCGUUUUUGAAGGAUACCAGCUUUUACUUCACUCUGUCCGAGAGAUCCAGAUUGGUGAAGAGCUCACCAUCAGCUACGUUGAAUCACUGAUGCCUACCAGGGAACGCCAGAAGCAGCUGCUGCGCCAGUAUUGCUUCGAAUGUGAUUGUCCACUCUGCCAGAAUCAAGAGAAGGAUGCUGAGAAAUUGGCCGGUGAAGAGCAUGCCUGGAAAGAAGUCAAAGAUGCUGUAAAUGAAGUGAGAUAUCCAAAAUCAAAAGAAGAGUGGAAGCAUGUUCUGGCAAGGUGCCAGGAUCUCUUGAGCAACAACGAGGGUCAUCUACCAGAUACAAAUAUCUAUCAGCUGAAAAUGCUUGACUGUGCCAUGGAUGCCUGUAUUAACCUUGAAUCCUGGGAAGAAGCAUUGUAUUAUGGCAGCAGGACUCUGGAACCAUACAGAUUGUAUUAUCCUGGUUUCCAUCCACUGAGGGCUGUCCAGCUGAUGCGAGUGGGCAAGCUGCAGUACAGUCAAGGCAUGGUUCCUCAGGCACUGGAAACCUUGAAACAGGCCUAUAAUAUUAUGAAGGUGACCCAUGGGACAGAUCACAGCCUGAUGAAAGUCUUGAUGGAGUUAAAGGAAGAGUAUGAGGCCAUGAUGAGAAUACAGUGAAGAUAAUCUCUAGUCUGGAAAACAAAAUAUUCAAGGACAAAGAUGUUGUUUUUUAUUUAAUUGUGAAGGUUCUCAAUGGUUUUAGUGUCUUUUUUAUAAGUCCUAUUUGCUUUACAAAAAGGUUUCAUAUUAGUUUUGCUGUAUGGUCUGAAUUGAGUGGGUGUUUGGUACAAUUCCUGUAAUUUUCAGAGGGUUUUUUGUAUCAUCAAUCAUCAGUCCUAUUGACAAUAACUAAAAACCUAAUUAUUUGAUUCUAAGUAUUGGCAAAAUGCAUACAGAGUCUUCAUCAGUUACAAAGUGAUCUAAUUCCACUGAUAUCAGCAGUCAUUUUUGAAUUACUUUUAUGAAUUGCUGGCGUCCGUUUAUGCCAGCAAUUAGGAAUCUCUUGUCAGACACAUUAUAAAUUAAGAGAAUAUACUUUUUUCCCUUUGCCUUGCCCUUUGGUAUGGUUUCUGAAAACCUGAUCCAGUGCUCUUUGACAUCAAAUAAGUUUCCUGAUGUUUUAUAUGAGUUUUUCUUCCCUCCCAAUAGAUCUGCAGGGCUUUGUCUGUCUUCUUCUUCCAUUUCAUAGCUUAUAAUAUUGAAUAUUAAAAUGGAUU